AUGAGUCCGGCCGGGUGCUCCCAUGUGAACGGUUAUAAGGUGGAUAAUUGGAAACAAAAUCUUCGAGUCAUAUACCAAUGCUUUGUUUGGAGUGGUACUGCUGAAACCAGGAGACGCAAGGCCAAGUCGUGUAUCUGUCACAUGUGUGGCGCCCACCUGAACCGACUCCACUCUUGUCUCUACUGCGUAUUUUUCGGCUGUUUUACGAAGAAACACAUCCACGAGCACGCAAAAAACAAGAGACACAAUCUAGCGAUAGACUUAUUAUACGGGGGAAUUUAUUGUUUUGUGUGUCAAGACUACAUAUACGACAAAGACAUGGAGCAGAUUGCCAAAGAGGAACAGAGGAAAGCCUGGAAAUUGCAAGGUAGAGCAUUUUGUUUUCUCACAGAGAACUUAAUCCAGCUUUUGAAACAAGGCCACUUGUUAUCUCAGUGCCGUCACAUUUGUGUUCCUUUUGUAUCCACAGGCAUAGGGGAGAAAUACACAACAUGGGAGCCGACCAAGAGGGAGCUAGAAUUAUUACGACACAAUCCAAAGCGGAGGAAAAUCACUACAAACUGUACCAUAGGUUUACGAGGGUUAAUAAACCUGGGCAACACAUGUUUCAUGAACUGUAUUGUUCAGGCCCUAACACACACACCGCUGCUUCGAGACUUCUUUCUCUCCGACAGACACAAGUGCGAGAUGCAAUCAAACUCCUGUCUGGUGUGUGAGAUGUCGCAGCUCUUUCAGGAGUUCUACUCGGGCCACCGUUCACCCCACAUUCCCUUCCGGCUGCUGCACCUGGUGUGGACUCAUGCACGUCACCUCGCAGGCUACGAGCAGCAAGACGCCCACGAAUUCCUCAUCGCAGCGUUAGAUGUACUACAUAGGCACUGCAAAGGGGACACCAUCAGAGAUGACAAUGGGAAGAAGGCCAACAAUCCAAACCACUGUAACUGCAUCAUUGACCAAAUCUUCACUGGGGGCCUGCAAUCAGAUGUUACCUGUCAAGUUUGCCACGGGGUUUCCACGACGAUAGAUCCAUUCUGGGACAUCAGUCUGGACCUUCCUGGCUCAUCGACGCCUUUCUGGCCCCUCAGCCCGGGAGGGGAUGGUAGCACAGUCAAUGGAGAGAGCCACCUGUCAGGGUCCACCACUCUCACAGACUGCCUACGCAGGUUUACGCGGCCAGAGCAUCUAGGAAGCAGUGCCAAAAUCAAGUGUGGCGGUUGCCAUAGUUACCAGGAAUCCACCAAACAGCUGACAAUGAAGAAGCUCCCCAUCGUAGCAUGUUUCCAUCUUAAACGGUUUGAGCACUCUGCCAAACUGCGGAGGAAGAUCACUACAUACGUUUCCUUCCCCCUAGAGUUGGACAUGACGCCAUUCAUGGCAUCCAGCAAAGAGAGCAGAAUGAAUGGGCAGUAUCAACAGACGGUUGAUGUAUUAAACAACGACAAUAAGUAUUCCUUGUUUGCGGUGGUCAACCACCAAGGCACAUUAGAGAGUGGCCACUACACCAGCUUCAUCCGCCAGCACAAAGACCAGUGGUUCAAAUGUGAUGAUGCCAUAAUCACCAAGGCCAGCAUUAAGGAUGUACUCGAUAGUGAAGGGUAUCUCUUAUUCUACCAUAAACAGUUCCUUGAGUAUGAGUAGUCUUUGUGACCACUGACCAUGAAGAACCACUGCUUCUAAUGAGAGAGCCAAGGGACUGGGGACGGGAUGAAACACAGUUACACAAACCUACCUGAAACUCUUUGACUAACCAGUCUGCUCCUCCAGCUCUGGAGGACAAAAAUAAAAAGACGUGUGAAAUCAUGCAACCUUUCAAAAGAAAACGAAAACAAACAAGCACUGAGCUACUUCUUGGCAUCUACUUGACAAAACUGAAUGAAGAGGAGUGUACGAGGAGGAAGAGUCAGGCGUCGUCAGUUCCAGGCUUGGGCAGAGUGAAGAGGCCCCACACCCCUCACGCUCUCUCCCUUCCCCUAGGGGGGACAGGGGCUGUCUUGAGUGUUGAUUGGGCACAUCUGGAUUUUUCUUACAGUAUUCUGACCCCCUCCACUCCACACACACACACACACACACACACACACACACACACACACACACACACACACACACACACACACACACACACUUCAUUUCUCUCCCAUGGUGCUAUCGUUUCAACUGACCAAGCAUUUAACUUGAUUAUGCUGACCAAGCAUUUAACUUGAUUUGUUGUCAUAUGCAUAUGGGACUGAACGCAAAAAAAAAGAAAAUAGAAUCAAUGUAUUAUGAACUUUGCAAGAACAUUUUUUUUAAGGUAUGGUUAUGAUUCUUAUCAUUUGUGAAUUUAGUUAAGACAUACUGUAUAAAUCUAGUAUACAUCUAUUGUUUAAGAGCAAAAAAAACAACAAAUGGGAGCGCUUAGAGACGCUGCCUUUGCCAGUUGCUGGGGAUGUGCUGCCAUGGAAACUAAGUGGAUUUGGACCUGAGUGUGCUCCUGUUCCAUUAUUUACUGUGUUGAUUGUUUUAUUUUUAAGUCUGGUUGAGGGCAGGGAAUAUCUAUUUUUUUAGCAACUCAUUGAAUUUUUGUUUACUGUUCCUUUCGGUGUCUUUUUGAUUUAUUUUUACAUUUCAGUACAGUCAUAUUUCCCUCGCUGUUCUAGUACUGGAAAUGUUUUUGGACGUAUUAUACUUUCAUUCUUGUGGAAUUGUCGGUAUUAUGAUGGUGAUGGUUAAAUUGGCUAACCUUUUGCUGUUUAUGAAUUGUAUGUUGAAUGUGAGCUUUGGGUUUCGUAUGGCAUUCUGAAGAGAAGACUCGAUACAUGAACUCCAAAUGAGGUCCUAUAAUAUGUGAGAAUGCUCUGGUCUCUCCUCAUUUAACACCUUGAAUGCUCCGUGCAAAAAAAAAAAAAAAAAGCCCAUUUAACAACACUGCAUGCGACUGGGCUCUCAUGAUCUUAUAUUUGAAAAAUUGCCCUCAGCAACACCUCCAAGGCCUGGUGCCAAUCAUGAUUUCUUUUCUCAAGUUUGGGGAUGGGAAGACUGAUCACGUGACCUAUAUAGAGGGUAAAACACAUUGCACGUAUAUGGGCACUGUGCGACCAUAGCCUGGUUCUGAAUCCAUCAGUGUUAAUCUUCUCCAUGGCAACUGUGUGUGUGGCUGGUGUAGACCGGUGUGGUUCGUGGUGUCUUGCCUCUGCAGUGCAGUAAACCCAGUGCUCUAUUCAAUCAGUAUGCUGUCAAGUCAGACUUUAGAUAAUGCACAUACACAUCAGGGUGUUGUGGUCUGUUUUGUUUAAAUAUCACUGAUUGUGUAUGUAUUAAAAAAAAAUACAGAAUAAAAAUAUUCACUCAUGUAUAAGAUGAGGGCCCUAACCUAUCACAGUAAUGCCACAUAAAAACCACAACCCCUGGUUGUUUAGCUGCUCUGUAAAUUAAAACAAACAUGCAUAUCCUUUUGGUCUGCUGCAGAACCUCAACUAGAGGGCAAUAGCGGAAUUCCGAACAGUAAAAUCAAAGACUUGUGAAAUGAUCGCACUUUGGUUUUGAUGUAUCACGGAGCAGUUAAGGCCACCCAAGGACAUUCAGGGACGCAGCUGAAACGAGAAGGAAGAGGAGAGCUUCAUUAUCCGUUUCAGUGAUUAAACUCAGAACAAAACUGGAA